AUGGUGAAGUUUGCGUUUGAAAAAUCCUGUCAACUCGACUACGCCUUCAAAAAUGUUGCCCUUCCUCAAGUGAGCAAGAAGGCCCAUGAAUUGACGGCCGCCGAUUGGGAGCGGCAGAUAUCGAUAACGCUGAACGGCACCUUUUUGUGUCUGAAGUACGAGGUUGCCGCGAUGCUCCAGACCGGUAGCGGCUCCAUCGUGAACACGUCUUCCGGAGCCGGCGUCAUCGGCUUCCUCAUGAGCGUGGAAUAUUCGGCGGCCAAAUUUGGCGUCGUCGGCCUCACGCGGACGGCGGCACUCGAUUACGCCUGUGACAAGACUCGAAUCAACCACGUUUCGCGCGGUGCUAUCCGGACGCCCAUGCUGCAAUCGGCCAUGGAUAAAGAUCCCAAGCGGAAACCAUACGUUGCCUCCACAAAUCCUAUGAAACGUAUAGCUGACCCGGGGGAGGUGGAUGAAGGAGUCGUGCGGUUACUCUCUGAUGCUGCGUCCUUUGUGACAGGCUCUUGCCUGGCAAUCGACGGAGGCUAUCUACCUUAA